GGAUCCGCAUAGAUCAUCUCUCAUCUGUCUCAUUCCUUUCUCUCUCGCUCUCUCUCUCUCCCUCUCUCUCUCUUCUCACUCACCACUCUUCCCUGCACUCCACUGUUUUGUCUUCUCCCCCUCCCUUCUCUCUUAAUGUCUAAAAACGCCGCGAAAAAAGGAAAGAGUCCAGGGCAGAAUGAAAGCACCUUGAACAAGCCAGGUCCUAAAGGAGGCACUGCCUUAGGCGCUAAGGAAAACAAUCCACCUGGCGGUAAAGGUGGCAAAGGAGCUUCGCUUGAUGAACCUGCAGCGCCUCAGCCUUCCAAGGCUGUAUUUCCAGGAUGGACAGGGAAAACGCCAUCGUCUUUGCUCCACGAACAUUGCCAGAAACUUGGUUGGGAAAAGCCGACUUUUGAUGUGAAACGGACGCCUCGUGGAUUUGUUUGCACGGUAGUCCUUGGCAAGAGAAAUAAAAAGACAGGGCAGAUCGAGACAUCUACAUUCACAGCGCAGGACAUCUACAAACCGACGGCAAUCGAAGCACGGCAAUAUAGCGCGACCUAUACCCUCCACAGAGUCAACAGCCACAAGAAUCUGAUGAUGGUCCUCCCACCAGGUCCUCGGGACUUUUGGUCACAGCUAGAUGCAAGCAAGGCCAAAGCUGGACCGGGUGAACAGCAUCUUUAUCUUCCAGAUCCAUUCAUCAGUCAAGCCGCCAAAUUGCAAUUACAGCAGCAGCACCAGAAGCAAAUAAUACAGGAACAAGCGCGCGCUAGAUCCGCAACCCCGACAAAGGACAGUGAGCCCGUUGUACAUCAUGGUCCUAGUGAGUACGCCAGUCGAUCGGCAUUAGGAGGGGAGGUAAAUAACGACAAGCAGAAGAAAUGGGACAAGCUGCCAAUGGUGCAUAUGAACCAGGAGAUGAGAGCAGAAGUCGAAGACGUUGUUAAGAAGCAAAUGGCUGGUGAACUCUACCAAACAUAUAUUGAAGAGUACGGAACUCAAGGCGAACCGAUGUACAACACUACCCUCUCGAAGACUUUGACUAGGAUGGGCUUCCGAGAUCGACAUGUAGCGGAAGCCCUUCAGUACUGUAACGAUCAGGCCUCCGCACUCGACUGGCUCUGCCUACAUGUGCCUGAGGAUGAUUUGCCGGCCAGUUUCCUUCAGCAUAACUACAACCCCACUAUUACAACCAUUAGUCAUACGUCCACAUCAUUAGGUCGCGAAUACGCCAUCAAACGACUCUCUGUCAUUGGAUUCGCAUCCUCGACUUGCGGACAAAUUUACGACAUGGUCGGAGGAGAUGAAAACAAAGCCAUGGUCGAACUCUUCAAACGACUGGCAUUUCCCAAGGGUCAAAUCCCAGAGGACAUGGUUCAAGAUAUCACCAUGGAGCCCGAAUCGCCCGAGCAACUGCAGGAACUGCGAGAGGAUGAGAUGCUGGCACUGGAGAGCAUUUAUGAUGAUCGCUUCCAACGAGAAGGCGCCUCGGGCGCCAGGAUCAAGCUUGAGACGACAUUACACAAUACCAAAAAUGCACCAAAGAUCGAGCUCGAGAUCCGGAUACCAUCAUCUUCAACAUAUCCCUUCAACGAGCCUCCUCUCUUUAUUAUCAACGAACCCGAUCUCCCUUCGUACCUACGCCUCAGUAUCAUCCAAAAGACCAUGCAACACGCCUAUCGCUCGAUGGUGCUGGCUAUGGGUGGACCUAUCGUGUACGAUGUAGUCGAGUGGAUCCAGGACAAUUUAAGGGACAUCCUUGACAACCCGCCAAGCCUUGUGCAGCUCACAGAGGGUCUCAUCAGUGUCGAUGCUUCUCAGGAACCCGAGCGCCAGGAAUCCCUUGCAGACCAGGUCGACCAAGAUGCAGAGGAGAGUCUGCUACUCAAGGCGCAGACUUUAAAGCUACCUCUUAACGGCGCUCCUGCACGCACGGACAGAAAGAAGACGAUCCGACGACUUAAUAUCAAGCCCAAAAGUCCUGGAUCGAUUGCGAUGCUAAGGGAGUACGAGAACUUGAAAACCAACAACGUAUCUUUCCAGGCUCUCCAGACUGCGCGUGAAAAACUUCCUGCAUGGAGCUACAGGAACCAGCUUGUGCAGGCGGUCAAGGAUAAUGCGGUGGUUAUUGUUUGUGGAGAAACUGGAUGCGGUAAAACGACGCAGGUGCCACAGUUUAUUCUCGACAGCUGGAUUCAGGAGAGUAUUGGAGAGUACGCCAACAUUGUCUGUACACAGCCACGUCGUAUUGCCGCCAUCGGAGUCGCGGAGCGAGUGGCAGUAGAGAGGUCGACAAACAUUGGACAGCAGGUCGGAUAUGCAAUCCGUGGCGAGAACAAAUCGAGCAAGAACACAAAGCUGUUGUUCUGCACAACGGGUAUUCUCCUGCGCCGCUUGCACUCAGACCCCACCCUCCAGAAUGUUACCCAUGUCAUGGUAGACGAGGUGCACGAGCGGUCUGUGGACUCUGAUUUUUUGUUGAUCAUCCUCCGGGAUCUUGUCCGAGUGCGUAAGGACCUGAAGUUGAUUCUCAUGUCGGCCACGAUCAACAGCGACUUCUUUUCGGGAUACUUUGACGGGUGCCCAGUGAUUGAGAUCCCUGGAUUCACUCAUCCAGUCGAGGAGUUGUACAUGGAGCAGAUUGUUGCUCGGACAGGCCACACUCCCGAUUUCAGGAGCUCGACUGUGAAGAGGACAAGGAUGACGGAGGCUAUGGAAGAAGAGUGGGAGAAAAUUAGAGCGGAAUAUCAGAGCCAAGGACUGGAUGAAGAGACGAUAGCGAAGGUCAAGACGAUGGAGUCGUACUCAGAGAGAAUCGACUACGAGCUGAUUGUGGCUAGCGUCGGUGAUAUUUUGAAGCGCAAGGAGCCAGCAGGCAGUAUUGAUGGCGCGAUCCUUAUCUUCUUGCCAGGUGUUAUGGAGAUCAAAAAGUGCAUAGAUGCUUUGAUUCUAUUUUCAAGAACAGUGCCCCAGACUCUGGACAUUGUGCCUCUUCACGCAGCGUUGACACCAAAGGAACAAAACAGCAUCUUCGCGCCAGUCCGUAAAGGAGUCCGCAAGAUCGUCGUCGCUACCAACGUAGCCGAGACUAGUAUUACCAUCGACGGGGUUGUAUAUGUAAUCGACUCGGGACGUGUGAAGGAGACAAGGAUGGAGAACAACAUGACGAAGCUCGUGGAAACAUGGACUUCGUUUGCAUCAACUCGCCAGCGCAAGGGUCGUGCUGGUCGUACACGACCUGGUAUUGUCUACAAGCUUUUCUCGAGCAAACAGUCGCUCAAGCUGGCGCCGCAACAGGAUCCAGAGAUUUUACGCAUCCCGCUGGAACAGCUGUGCCUGUCUGUCAAAGCCAUGGGCGAGAAGGACGUCGAGGCGUUCCUAAGCCGGGCCUUGAGCCCUCCUUCCUUGACUGCGAUCCAGAGUGCACUUAAGACACUGGAGGAUCUGAACGCGUUGGAUGGCACGACCGGCGAGUUGACGCCGCUCGGAAAGCAUAUGGCGGAUAUUCCGGCAGAUUUGAGGGUUGCGAAGAUGCUUAUUUUCGGCGCGGUGUUCAGGUGUCUGGAGCCGAUCCUGGUGGUGGCGUCGUGCAUGAGCGUCAAGAGUCCGUUUGUGUCGCCGAUGGAUAAGCGAAAUGAGGCGCAGGCGAAGAAGAAGCGGUUUGCAACGGCGAAAUCGGAUCUUUUGACGGCAUGGAAGGCCUAUGACAGCUGGGAGAAGCUCAGAGACUCAGGCGCCAGUCGAUUGGAACUUAAGGCCUACUGUGAGGAGAAUUAUCUUUCGGCCAACACUCUGUUUGAGAUUCAGAAUCUGAAGUCGCAGUAUCUAGAAGUUCUUGAGACUAUAGGGUUCGCCUCCAGAGAUGCGAAUCAGUUGCAGAGUCGUCGACGGUCGGAGAGGUGUUCGUGCGAACAGGAAAAUGUGCAUUCGGACAAUAUGGCGCUGAUUAAGGCGAUUGUGCUGUCAGGACUGUAUCCGAACGUGAUCAAGAUCAAGAUGCCAGAUGCAAAGUUCGACAGGAUGAUUGCGGGAACUGUGGAGCGUGAGACAGUGACGAAAGAGAUCCGAAUGUUCACAAAGGAUGAUGGACGCGUAUUCUUGCAUCCUUCAUCGAUCUUGUUCCAGACGAACCAGUACCAGGUCCCAUUCUUGGUAUACUUUUCGAAGCUGGAGACGAGCAAGAUCUUUGUGCACGAUGCUACGAUGGUCCCGAUGUAUGGAUUGCUGCUGUUCGGAGGACAGGUGCAGGUUGAUCAUCUUGGACGCGGGCUCGAGAUUGGCGACGGGUUUAUUAAGCUUAGGGCGUUUGCGCGUAUCGGGGUACUGGUGAACCAGUUGCGGAAGCUGCUGGAUGCGGUUCUGCAGGCGAAGAUCUCGAACCCGGAUCUGAACGUGUCCGAAAACUCAGUGGUGGAGACCAUGAUCAAGCUCGUCAGCACGGAUGGUAUUUAAGGCGGCCACCCAGGGUGGAUGCGGCACUCAUAGAUUGCUUUCCUAACAAAUAAAUGGUAUAUCAUAUGACUUGGCCCAAAGUGUCAAGACGCAAAGAAACACUGCGCUACAAUACAAUGAUGCGAGAACCGCGAACGAUAUGGAGGACGUCCAAAAGGUUGAUUGGAGCGAACGCGACAAGCUACUCUUUGUCCCUAGCAUUUGCACAGUGACACACCAGGAUGAGGUUGUGAGUCUGGGC